UAUUUUCCGAUGAUCACCUGUCACACAGACGAAGUUGCGUGCCACACUCCGUGCAAAUCGAUCCGGCGAGCCGGAAAAGAGCAGGUGUCUCGGAUCUCGGUUUAACACGCGGGAAAAGGGAUCUUCCCCGCGGACCGAAAUGAUUAGUGUGGGUCCUCUUUGAAUGAUAUUGCCGUUUCUCUUCCGCACCUACGCGCACCACGUGUAGGGGUUAUCCCAUCUUCGACAUUCUCUCGUGAACACAGCGGACACGCAACGAGUCGUCAAUAAUGCAAAGUGUGAUAAAUUCAGUGAAGGGCACCGCGUUGGGUGUCGCCGAAUACUUGACGCCGGUGCUGAAGGAGAGCAAGUUUCGAGAGACAGGUGUCUUGACACCAGAGGAGUUUGUAGCAGCUGGGGACCAUUUGGUACAUCAUUGUCCCACAUGGCAAUGGGCUACUGGUGAUGAGGACAGGGCAAAAUCCUAUUUACCAAAGGGCAAGCAAUUUCUACUCACUCGUAAUGUUCCCUGCACACGCCGGUGUAAGCAGAUGGAGUAUAGCAACGAGCAAGAAUGUAUUAUAGAAGCAGACGAUCCUGAAGGUGGAUGGGUAGAUACUCAUCACUAUGCCACUAGUCUUGCUGGUCUGGAUGAAAGAGUAACGGAAAUGGCUCUGGAGGAGACACUGGAGGAGCCAUCUCAAACUCAUGACAAUGCAGACGAAGAUGAGGAUGAUGAGGAUGCCGCCGAUAUGGAAGCUUUCGAAAUUAGCGGAAUGCUGGAUGAACAGGAUAAGCACGCAGCGACGGAAAGUACCAAAAAAAGUCAAGAGAAAUGGGAUUCAUUUACGGAGGGAGAGAUUAUUCGCACUCGCACCUAUGAUUUAUAUAUUACAUAUGAUAAAUAUUAUCAGACGCCUAGAUUAUGGUUGUAUGGAUACAAUGAGAAUCGAAAACAGCUUAAUGUAGAAGAGAUGUACGAAGAUGUUAGUCAAGAUCACGCUAAAAAGACAGUUACAAUGGAAACUCACCCGCAUAUGCCUGGUCCUCCUAUGGCAUCUGUUCAUCCUUGCAGGCACGCGGAAGUGAUGAAGAAAAUCAUGGAGACGGUAAUGGAAGGUGGCGGAGAAUUGGGAGUGCAUAUGUACCUCAUAAUAUUCCUGAAAUUUGUUCAAUCCGUCAUACCGACUAUCGAAUAUGAUUAUACGCAAAAUUUUAUGCUAAAUGCAAUCGGUUAAAUUUGUGUCACACUAGUAUUAAAUUACUUACAUUAUAUUGUAACUAAUAUAAAUCGCUUGCGAACUAUAUUUAGUGGAUACACGGGAUAUUUAUGUAUAUCGAUGUUUACUACGCUUUUCAUCAUAAAUGCAAAGAUUAUAAGGAUAUUCGAAAUUGUAAGGAGCCAAGGAUAUGCGAUUAGGAUUAUAUUCUAUUUGAUGAUUGCAACGCUCGCAAACAUUUUAUCUUUGUUUAAUUUUCGGUAAACAACAAGAAUGAAAUAAUCCCACGAGUGUUGCGAUCGCUAAAUGAAACGUGACCUAAGUGUAUCUUGAAUUCGAGGAUGCAGGAGAAUCAUAGUUAUGAAUUUAAGAAAAUAUAAUAUCUUAUAUGAACAUCCAUUCCCGAGAAUCCAAAGAUAUUACAUUGCACGGAUCUCAAACGUUCAGCAUUUAAGGGGAUCCGUUUAUAUACUCAUUUUGAUCAAUUUUAAGUAAACAGACCAUAAGACUUUUUUUACAUUGCAAAAUAUUGAAUUAUGAAAAUAUUAUUUGAUUUAACAACCGUUAGACAAUAAGUAAAGAAUAAAGGCUACGCUAAAGGCAACGAAUUCACAGAGAAAUAUUAAAGAAAUUUCC